GCUGCUUGUGGUCCAUACCUGUCGUUUCACUUUUAAAGUCGGGCGUCAAAGAAAUAUCCCGGAUAUACAGAGGAAGUGACUUUAUCUGGAUUUUUUAGCACCUUAUGGGAUGGCCACCGCGCCUCAGUUCUCACUUCAAAUGAGAUCGACUGAUCUCAUUAGGAAGAAGGCCCUUGACUAUGGAGGAUUUGGAGAAGUUUACUUGUGCUACCAUGUAACCCUCGGCCAUGUGGUGUUGAAAAGUGUGUAUACGGGUCCUCUUCGCACCGAAGACAGCCAAAGAUCACUGCUGGAGGAGGGGAAUAUCAUGGCAAGCCUGAACCAUGAACGAGUGGUCAAGUUGCUUGGCGUGAUUAUGGAGGAUAGAGAUUGUUCUCUUGUUAUGGAACUUCUCCCCAGGGGAAACCUGAUGGUCAUGCUGGACACUGUUAGCGUGCCAAUAUCCAUCAAGGGGAGAAUUAUCUUAGAGAUCUUGGAGGGGAUGAUCUACCUGACUGAAAGUCAUGUCAUACACAAGGACAUCAAGCCAGAAAACAUUUUAGUGGACAAGGAUUUUCACAUCAAGAUCGCAGACCUCGGCCUGGCGACCUGCAAGACAUGGAGCAAGCUCACAAAGGAGGAGUCUCGCAGGAAGAGCCGCACGGGGUGGACCGCUGGGACGAGGGGCGCCGGCACCCUAAGCUACAUGGCCCCGGAGCACCUGGAGAGUAUCCACACGCCCUCCACCCAGAAGUCCGACGUGUACAGUUUCGCGGUCGUCAUUUGGGUCAUUCUGACGGGGAAAGAACCGUAUGAAAACGCCAGGAGCGAAGACCAGAUAAGCCGCUGUAUUCGCAACGGGGACCGACCAGCAGAAGACCUCAUUCCCAGGAACACACCAGCAGAAAUAGUUCAGCUUAUGAAGAGGUGCUGGGAUCACGAUCCCCAGCUGCGACCAACAUUUAAGGAGGCCCACGAUUCCUUCUUUCCUUUCUACACGGAAAAGCUUGAACCACAAGUGGAAGAGGAUUUAUGUGUUCUAAGGAGAGAAUAUGAAGGACCAGGAGAGCUUGUUGAGAUCAUGAAAUCACUGUCAAUGACCCCACAAAGUUUAUCCUCAAGGGAUCAUGACUCCCCAGCCUCGUUGGUCAGCUCAGACAGAAGUGUACCCUUGCCAGUUGAAGCCAGUAUCGAGGACCUGCACGACAUCCAGUCUGAGCCCAGUAGAGAAAUGAUUCAGGAAGAUGCGAGGGCAAGCAGAGAAGGCUCAGAGCUGGAGGAGAAACUGUAUCGGGAACUUCAAUAUCACAAACAUGGAAGCUAUUUCUCAGAGGGCCAACUGGAGGCUGGCAACUGCCAAAAUGACACUUCAAAUCCUUUCCUGAAAAAUCCGUUCGGCGCCUCAGAUUACUGCGUGAGGCACCCAACACAAGAGAGAUCCUCUGUCUGUUCCUGGAGCAAAUCCGAGCUCUUGAAGCCAACCAGUCCGGAGGAGGCUUUUCCUUGUCCCAACUCUGGGAUUUGUGAGUCCACAAGCUCCUCGCUUACUCCGUCCCAUCUGCAUACAUCUGCCAGCACAUCUUCUCUGCCCCAGUAUAAUCAGCACCAUCCACACUCCCGCUUUGACCGGCAGCAGUCCUGUCCAGCUUACCCAGUGUCUGACACCAUUGCCCCAGAAAUGAAUCCCGGGCGUCUUUUGACACCUUCGCAGAGUGGCUCCCAUAAGGAUACAGGGUCCCUUUACAUCCAGAAUGCUAGUGGCAUCCAGAUCGGAAGCAACAACACAAUGAGUAUCAGAGGUUAUGAGACCUCUCCUAGCUCCCUGUCUGUUUCUGGCUGUGCUGCCUCCCCCAUCCAAGAGGGAAUUCUGAAAUACGACGACCAUGCUGUGACAGAGGAGCAUCUGGAUCUGCUGAGGGACAACAUUGGGAACAAAUGGAAACGCUGCGCACGCCGCCUGGGUCUGAAUAAUGUGGAAAUCGAAACCAUAGAACACGACUACUACCGAGACGGUCUGCCAGAGAUGGUGCACCAGAUGCUUGAGCGCUGGAAAAUGAAGGAGGGAUGUAUUGGGUGUACAAUUGGGAGGCUUUGUCGAGCUUUAGAUGGAACCAUAAAGGUAGAAGUCAUCCAGAAAAUGUUGGAUAAAUGCUGUUCUUCCUCCUAUAUGACAUAGUCCUUUGCAACUAAGCAGAAUUGCCACAUCUCCUUCAAGCUGUUGUGACCAAAUCCCCUCUUACUCAAUUUUCUAACCAUUUAAUGGAUCACAUUUUAUCCAAAAAGGAGAUAUGAAAGUAAAAAAAAAAAAAAGAAGCUAACUUUCAGUGUUUUGUUGGUGAAACAGUACUAUAGACUAUCGUAAAAUACGAGAACUGACCCCAGUGUUGGAAGACAGGAAACACAACAGAUAAACUUGGAUAAACUUUUUGAAAUGCAUUUUUUUCUGUCAUAAUGCUCCCAACUUUGGGAUCAUCUUAUUUUUCUUUCUGGAAUUUUUAAUCAUUGUCUUUUUUUUUUUAAUUCAAUUUAUUUCAACAAUGAUUAUGUUCGUGCCAUGAUGUCCCAUACAGACAAAGCAACAGUAAAAGUAAAAGUAAUCUUACAUACAUAUACUUACUUUCUAAAGUAUUUGUUCACAUUUAACUCAUGAAGAAGACCUAAGAUGUAUUGUAUCACCUCCUUGUGAACAGAACAGUGAAUGUGUGUUUUGAACUCAUCAACUCAUCCUAGGUACAUAAUUAUGGAGUCCAGCACACACACACACACACACAAACAACGACUUCAGUCACAGAAAAGGUGAGUUUUCAGAGAAGCUGAAUGUUAACUCCACAGUGCAGUGCAAUAAUAUAUCAUAGGAAAACAUCAAUUUUCUGUACUGCCUAUUCCCAACGGGCUGGUGGGGGGGAGGAGGGGUACACCCUGGACAGUUGGCCGGUCCAUCGCAGGGCCACACAGAGACAAACAACCACACAGACUCUAAUGGGAACAUUUGGAGUGUCCAUAAAAAAACAUG